AUGAGCAUGCAAGCGAUCGCAGGUCCUUCACGCACGGCUCUGCCAUCAGCGCCCAAGGCGAGUCGUCAACGUGAUCUCGUCGCUAGCUCUCCAUCAAAACCUGACGUCGACUCCGACUCGUGCACAGCUUCCACCAUGUCGCAUUCGAGCAUCGUGAACAGACGGCGCGGAUCGACACGAUCUGCUUCUGACUCCACAGUGAGAAAGGCUGCUCGCCCCAGCCGAUCGCAUCGCUCGGCGCUGACGGUGCUGCUAUUAGCUCUGGUGACCGCCCUCUUGCUCGCCUCCACCGCUCUAGCAUCUCAAGGCGACCGCUCGCCCGAGUAUCAUCUCUGCGUCGACUCGUGCACCGCCGAUCUUUGUCGCGACGGCGUCGACGACGGCACCAUGUUUGCGCAUCGUCUGCCUUUCAUCCUCCGCCUUACCAAAUGGACGUGCGAAGACGACUGCAAAUAUCACUGCACACACCGCAUCACCAACGAGGCCGCCGAGCGCGUCAUCAAGAUCCAGCACGAUGCACGCUCCGAGGUGGAGCAGCUCGCUCAAUCCCAAUCCAUGUCUGUCUCGGCCCAAGCAGAGCGCAUCAAGGGCAUCGUCGAAACGCAGAUGGCGGCGUUGCGACCAGUGCAGAAGCAGAUGGUGCAGUUUCACGGCAAGUGGGUCUUCAUCCGCUUUUUGGGAGCGCAAGAGCCUCUCUCGGUCCUGUUCAGCCUGAUGAACCUGAAAGUGCACUGGAACGCGCUCUUCAUGAUGCGCAAGCAACUGCCGGACGCGUUUCCGUUGAAGCUCGUCUACAUCGUGCACACGCUCAUCAGCAUCAACGCGUGGAUGUGGUCGGCGGUCUUUCACACCAGGGACAAGAACUGGACCGAGAAGCUGGAUUACUUUAGCGCUGGAUCGGUCAUCAUGUCGGCAUUCUUCUUUAGUGCGGCUCGACUGUUCAGGAUCGCUCCUGGAAGCGAACGAUUCGUGCUCUUCCGAAGGGUCUGCAUGGGUGCAUUGGGCCUACACGUGCUCUAUCUCAGCAUCGGGCGAUUCGACUACGCCUACAACAUGGCCGCCAAUGUUGUGGUGGGGCUGAUCCACACCUUGCUCUGGUUGGUGUAUUCGCUUCGACCGACGACCUUCCCCUCGAAUCCGCUGGUCGACCGUACAGCCUAUUCUCGUGCCGCUAUGCGCGCUGCCAAACCGUCUCUGUCCGCACUCUCGACUCCGACACCGCUCAGCAAUGGGGCGCAGACACCUCCUGUGCCCGUGUCGACCAACAUCGGUCCACCCAGCUCGCACACCAGACAGCGACGUCGCCUGCAACUCAUCCUCGCCCUCAUGUCGGCGUCGGUGCUACUGGAGCUGCUCGACUUCCCACCCAUCUUGCGUAUACUGGAUGCACAUGCUCUGUGGCACCUCGCCACCGUACCCAUCACAAAGAUGUGGUACGAUUGGCUCGUCAGCGAUGCCCAAGAGUGCGUGAGUACAGGGUGGUGGCUUUCGGACCGUUCGACCGGUAUUCAGGGUGGAGAGCUCGCAUCGACGUUGGAGCACUUGAGCGAAAAGCUCAAGGGGCGAGCGGCGAGCCUGGCGCAGAACAUCGAGUUGAACGCGUUGACGAACAAGCUCAAUGAGCUCGCGAACAAGGCUGGAUUCAGUGGUAGGGUGGGCGGCAUGAAUGGCAGUGCAGGGUCCGGCGGAGCCAACGGCGCCAACGGGCUCGGGUUGGAGAUGGAAGAGCAGCAUCAGAAGGUCUCAAGUGGUAGUGGGAAGAAUGGACUGACGGGAGCAAGCACCGGCAUUGGACUGGGCUCGUCGUCGUUGAUCGACCGAGAUCCAGGUCACAGUGGUCCCAACGGCGGAGCGGGGAAGGCGAAGAACUGGUAA